AAAGGAUCGUUACUUUCAGCUUUGAAGGUUAACUGGUUACUCCAGCAGUGGAAUUUAUUAACCAUUGUUUCAUUACAUGGGGUUCGAUUUAGGAAUCUGAGGUGAUGGAUGCAGUGGAUUACCUGGAAAAACAACUUCCAAAACACUGUGACGCCACCCCGUCAACAGUAGAUGACGUCAUUAUUACGCUGAAGGCCAUUGGUAAUGCAGGACGCAUGCGCUCCAAAGGAACAGAGCUCGUGAAAUGUUCACAAGGCGCCAAUUACCUCAAUGUCUCCGUGGUUGCCAUAGAGACCAUUCGACGCUUCGCUUAUUGCCCGGACACAUGGAAGUCUUUGAAGAGGGAGGUGUUUGGUGACUUUGGAAUAGACCCCGAGUUGAGGCUGCAGGCGUACCUUGCCUUGAUGAAGUACCCCAGUGAACAGACAGUCAGAUACGUUGCAGAGGUGCUGGAUGACGAAAUCAACACACAAGUUGGCGCUUUUGUUAGUACACAUCUGAAGCAAAUGAACGACUCCGUGGAACCCACACACGGAAAGAUGUUGAGUGAGAUAAUAAAGAAGGCUCUUAAAGAGAGAGACAGUCCUUUGCGUGAAUUCAACACAACCUACAAGUCACGCUUCAUGCAGAAAAGUUAUAUCAAUGAGGAAAACAAUCUCGGCUUCAGCACCGAAAGUCACGUCAUCUACCACCCAGAGAGCCUUCUCCCGCGAAGUGCUGAGCUGAACAUGACUCUUGAUUUGUGGGGUGGAGCUUUCCCAGUGGUCGAGACAAGCACGCGUUUUGAGGGCCUGGAGAUUAUCUGGGAGAAGCUUUUUGGACACAAAGGGUACUUCCCUGACAACCACAUCCGGGGACUCAUAGACACGCCAAUGAUGAAGAAGAGUGAAAACGACCCCAGGGAAGUGGAAAAGAGAUAUGCCGACAAUCUGGUCGACAUGGAAACUCUUGAUAGCAAGGUAAACCUCCGUACAAUGACACCCAGCGGUUUUCUCUCUCUGAAACUCUUUGGCAACGAUUUUGACCUGUUCACCUUGAAAGACCUGGAGUGGCUGGAAGAGGAUGAUAUCCCCCUGGCCGACCUCAUUGAGUUGCUGCGAAUGCUGUCACGAGGAGUUGACAAAACUUUCACAAAGAGUGUCCUUUUCCUGGAAGAGACAUACGUCAUCCCAACCUGCCUUGGACUGCCACUGAACCUGAGUAUCAACGGCACGUCUGUCACCAGUGUGAACGUGCAGGGAAAAGCAGACCUGUUGAACCUUUUCUGGGGCAUUAAAAAAGCUGUCAUUAAGGGAACUGUAAAACCAAGCGCUGCCAUUGUGCUUUCUGGUAAGGUCACCUUAGACGCCUUCCACUUCUCAUCAGGCGUGCUGCUGAAUGGUUCUAUCUCCACUUCUACUGAACUGCAAGGCAACGUGACCUACAACGAAGAACAGGGACUGAAGUCACAUAUCAAUGUCACUGAGAAGCCACAAGAGAUCUUGAACAUCACGACUUCCCUUUUCCAUCAUAUGAACAACGUAAAGAUCCCGAUCCGUGGACUGGAACAUCGUAACACGACUGGAAUCUGCAGCAUGGAUAUCUUUAACAGUACCAAGCUCAUCGGCCUUAACCUUUGUUCAAACAUCUCCAUACCAGUGGCCUGGAACAACAAAACCGCUCCAUUCUUCCCGCUUACCGGCCCAGCCAACUUCUCCAUAUACUUAAACAAGACCGAUCCACUGCUGACCAACUUUAAGCUGGAAGCCAACUUCACCAAGCCGGACAAGAACACGAACAAGACGGUCAUUGCUAUUUGUACACCUGGAGCAUCCUUUAAGCGGGAGUAUUUCUUCAACGUCACAGUUAACCAUACAGAAGAGGUGUAUCGCUGGAAUGCCAGCAUUGGUGCAAAUCAAGAGAACGCUACCACGAUUGACUUAAUCCACGUCCCCCUCUCCAAGGCUGUCAAUAUCACUCUGAAUGUGACGAAAAAUCUCACCGCGUUCUACUUCCACCGCACGUGCCACAUGACCCACAAGAUCAAGUACGGGCUUGCUUUGAAUGCCACACUUUUCAACAGGUCGCUCUACCAUACUUUCUUCUUGAUGAAUGACACACACCAGUGGUAUCUGGAGACCAACACGACCGUAAAAAACACCACAGAGAGCAGUCCCAUUUCUGUUUUGUACCUCAACACAUCGCUGAACCUUAACGCGAACACAACAGGCAACAUGACCCUGAACAUCACACACCGUCCAUUGAACCUCACAUUGCACCUUCAAGGCCUGCAUAACAUGACUGAUGGCAGUACGAACGUGACCUGGAAUGUAAGUUGCCCUGCCUGGAGCACCCCAAUCUUGAACAACAACAUGACCAUCAAUGUUACCUACAUCAAUGCCACCAACGGAUACAAGACCCAGGUAAACGUGUCCAGCAAUGGGACUCAGAUGUUGUCGUGCUACAAGGAGUUCGUGAACUCCACCAACAUGAACAUGACAGUUUUCUACUGCAAAGCCACGACCUUUAACAAGACAUCCUCGCUGAACAUGACUCUGACGAACACAACUCAGGGUAUCAAGAUUUGCCAUGUGAACAUCACCCACCAGAACAGGUCGAUCACCUUGAAUACCACGUGGAUGUACAAUCCCGAAAUCAGAAACGUCAGCUUGAACAUCACGUAUCUGAACCAUUCGAUCGUCCUCUUAGGUUCUUUGAAGAACUUCACCCUUGAGAAAGGAAUCUGUUUGAACAGCACUUACUUCAACGGCACCCACUCAAACGUCACCCUUCUAGCGACGUGCUUAAGCUAUGUGAACGCAACGGAAAGGAAAUCCUUGAUCUUUAACAUCACAAGUGUAAACACAACUGCAAUGGUCAAUACAACAUGGUUUGCGAACUCCACGGCUAGAGGAAUCCUGGUUAACUGCACUUACCACAACAGGACAAUUUUCAACAUGACGGCCACCUACUCUAACACCACAACCACCAAGAAUCUUCAUUUUAAUUUCUCGAUGGGUAACUGGAGUGCAGAGCUGAAUCACACGUACUUCUCCACUGAGAUGCUACCUGACGUCGACCAAAUUCGCAGCAUCAACAUCACGCAUAGGAUCAAGAACGGCACCACCGUCAUGUUGAAUAGCACUUACAUAUUUACCUUCUUUAACACCACCACCAAGAAAGAUAUUGUGCUCAACCUCACGUUCACCAACCGAACCUAUGGAGCUCAAGUGUCCAUGUUAAACAAGACCACUUCGGAAGGGCUGCAUCACAUCGUUAAGAUGAUUGGCUACACCCCUAACAGGACCGUCAGUUGGAUCGGUAUCUUGAAGAAUACAACCAAGAUGUUCAACCUCACAUCCCUUGUGCGGUACCAACCAGAGAAGAUCCUGAAUCACACGGUCGUGUGGAACAAAGAGAUAAAUCAUGUCAAUGUCUCCAUCGACAUCCUUCCAAACAUUACAGUUAGCCUGAACUGCUCUGGAACCUUCAACACCAGUAUCAAUGCGACUGCUAAUGUAACAGUUUACAACCACACUCUUCUAUGGGAUGGAUUUGCCAGCAACAUGAGCGUAGUGUCGAACCUGACAUUAUGGAACCGAACCAUCGAAUUUGUAACCAGAACGUGCAACGUGUCCCAUAGUGCGUUCUUCAACCUGAGUACGUGGCACCACUACAACAAAACAGCAUUCAACGGCUCCGUCGCUUGGUAUAUCAACGCCACAGAGAGGAUUUCUUACUUCAAUGUCUCUUCGCAGAACGUGACGUGGACCCUGAAGAUUUUCUCGGACAACGAGACGCACAUUAACAACACGAUCUACAGGAUUAAUGGCAGUGAGAUCUAUACUGAAUGGAGCAGGGAGGUAAGAGCUGACGACACCAUCUACGACUUCCUAAACAUGACAUCCGUCAGGAAUGGCUGGAAGGAAUUGAAUAACUGCACCUUCAACAUCCCAAGCAAACUAGCCAACAUCACUCUUAACGUGACAUUGGGCGGCGUGAACAUGACCAAAUUCCGAACACACUUCAAAUACGUGCUGAGAAACGUCACUCAAGAGAUGCUUGUGUGGAACUACACCACGGAGAAUGUCACUGAAAAUCUCUUCAAUCUCACCAUGCAUCUUUUAAACGUUACUUCCCGCAGCAUCCCUAACGUCACUGCAAAUUAUCUCAGGUACUUCCACGGCAAGAGCAACAAACUGGACGCCAAGCUCUUCUACUACAACUUGGCGUAUGCCGUUUACGACGUGAGGUUGAGCAAUGUUACCUUGAAAAACAUCACGGAAGAGAUGAUCGUGAUUCUGCAGAACUUUACCGACCACGUAAAUACCACAGCCGUUCUUGGAAACAUCACGAAUAUCAUCAGAAACAUGACUUGGUACAACCAAACUUAUGAAGCGUUUAUUUUUAAUUUGACUGAGUGGGGAAGAAACGCUACUUGCAACUUCACUGCCUGGUUGAACAGAACAGUCAGCGAGAUUGGAAACUGGACAAUCGCCAACAAGACUGUAAACUAUCACCUGAAGACAUACCUACCGGAAGUUCACAAUCUCACCCUAGAGUUGUUAAAUGGCACUGUCAACUUUACAGAUACUCUGAAGAACGUCAGCUUGGUGUUGAGAAAUUUCACCCACAACGUUACUGAGUAUAUCCUGAACGUCACACAUCCCGUGCUUUAUAACAUAAGCAGGGAAAUACUUGUGAACAUUACAGGCUAUAUUAACGGCUCUUCAUUCCUUGGAGGAGUCGCGUACCCGGUCUGGCAGAACUUUACCGAAGCACUCAAUAUUAGCGUAUUUAACUUCACUUACGAGCUCUUCCACAAUUGGACCAUCUGCAACUCAUCUUUGGAAUGGUUCCUUCCAUCGCUUCGCUAUCCAGUGAACAUCACCUUGUCCUUCCACAACUUAACUUCCAACACAACCUUGUAUCAAGCCAUUGAAGGCCUGUUGAACAAAACCCUCGAGAUGUACAAUGCAACAAUACGGUCCCCAGCGUGUGGUAUGAACAGAACUCACGAGUGGCUGGUGAAUGUCACUGACUUCGCUGUUAUGCUUGUCAACGACACUGUCAAUGUCUUAAACGUGACAAGCAACAAGACUACACAAGAGAUUAUAGAGCUCUACAUCAACCGCACUCACAAUAUGACCAUUCAGGUUUGGAACAUGACGGUACAACUACUGACCUUAACCAACUUCAGCAAACCACUGAAUGAGACGUGGGAGCUAUUGAAUUUCACAACGCAUUACAACAACUGGACUCACUGCAUGCCAUGGACUCGUCCUGCUCUGAAGAACUGGAACUCGACAAUGUUCCAAGUCAUCAGCGUUAUGCGAAACAACAGCUGGCAAAACUACACACGGUACUACUUCCCACGACUGGUCCAAACCGUCGCUGAACCAAUAGAAACAACCAUCUAUGUCAUGACGUGGUACCUUACUACGUACCCAUACAACACAACCGUGACCGAGCAGAUGAUGAACAGCAGCUUCGCGUGCCCGCUAGCUCUGCGAAAGAACUACACGAAGUUUUUCUAUCAGUUCGCCCAUAGUUACAUGAACAUGACGGGCUCCACGCUGAAUGUGACACGAAACAUGACAGAACUGUUCCUCAACAGCACUUACAACUUGACCAUGACUGCUGUCAACAUCACUGCAAACUUUACCCGCGUCAUCUACAACCUCACAUUUGUGGUGGUCAACACGACAGCCAGCUUUGUCAACGGCUCACUGGUCAACGAGACGAUUCACCACAAUGCCCAUCUUCCCAAAUACUUCUACUUCAAUAUGAUGAAUUUCACGAUGAACAUCACUGACCACGCCUUGAACUACACCAUGUGCAUGCUGAAUCAAACCGUUCACGAGUAUCUGAACAGAACUCUCUCGCCGGUAUUCACCACAUGGAAGACCCUGAAGGCGCUGAGUGAGCUGAAACCUGAAGAUAUUGUGGAGAUGCUUCAACCAAAGAAUGACACUGCCAUGAUAUUCGGCAAGCAUUUUUACACUUUUGACAAACGCUACUUCCAAUUCCCUGGAUUAAAGAAACCUGAGUGUGAGUACCUUGUGACACGUGACUUCAAGGACGGAAACUUUACGGUCAUUUCCGCUUCUGAGUCUCUCAUUAUCACUACUAAUGAUGCUGUGGUGAAGAUCUACCGUGAUGGCAAGGUCAAGUUGGAGGAUCUCCUUAGCCCGGGGGGCAAGCUGUUUGAAGAACUUCCAGUGCAGUUUAGGAACACGACUGUAGUCCGAGAUGGGCCUUAUAUUAACUUGACCAAUGACUUUGGCUUCUCUGUGGAAUGUGACAUGGAGCACUUCAUCUGCAGCCAUGUUGUCUCUGGCUUCUAUCACAACAGAACGGCUGGGCUCCUUGGCACUAAUAAUGGUGAACCAAGCGAUGACUGGCUGUCGCCAACUGGCAAGAACCGAACUAAGUUGUCUGACUUCGUCAACUCCUGGCUUGUACGCGGUGACUGCAAGGUGGCGCCUGAGAAUGAAGUAGAAGUGCCUUGUAAUAGGGCGGAGUUACAGGGCAAACGAUGUGAUGAGCUUUUCUUCCAGAAGACCUCGCCACUCAGCAGAUGCUUCUCUAAGGUCAAUCCACUUGAUUUCAUGGCUGCAUGCGAGGCUGAUUACGAAGACUGCGACAUUUCUGCUCCAGUGAAGACUUUGCAUUGCAACGUGACUGCAGCAUACGUCAGGGAAUGCAAGCGUCACGGAAUUGAGAUGCCUCUACCAGACGAGUGCUCAUCCUGUGAUGUCGAAGAGGUUAUACAUGAGAAGAACUCCACGUGGAAAGAACUAAAGCCUCCUCGCAAGGUGGAUGUUGUUUUCGUGUGUAGCGAAGGAGAAAAAAUGGAGUCCGUCGCCAAAUUAUUAGUGCCUGAAAAGACGUCCAAAGGCUAUUUGCCUGGAUUUGUCCAACUUCUUGACGAAGAGCUGAAGAGGCUUGGCAUUUUACCGCAGUUUGGUCUGGUAGGGUUCAGCGGUAAAGCGCCAGUGCACAAGCCUGGUCACGUCCACACGAUCAAGGGAAGGUUCUUAAGUGACGCGAAGGACUUCAGCCCUGAAGUCAUCGAAAACAUGGAAUUCGCCGAAAGCAAAAAAGAUCUCGACUUCCAGGAAAGUGACGGCUAUCUUGGUUUGAUGAAGGCAGCGGAGUAUCCCUUCAGGCCUGCUGCCAGCAAACUCAUCAUCCUCGUCACGGACAGCGUCCGUGUCAGUCACAGUAGCUUGACCAAUGAAACAGUCGCCAACGCUCUUAAGAACAUUAGUGCCAGGCUUGUGGUCAUCGGGGACUUCCCCUUCAAAAAGGCGAUUGCGGUAGACACUUUCGAUUACUUAUACCGCAAGAAAGGAGUGUUCAAGGUCACCAAAUGGUCCGACAAACUUCCAGAAUAUGACGAAUACGCUCAAGUCAUCGCCAAGACACGGGGAGUCGCCAUCAACCUGAAGACGUUUGAGUUCCCGAGACCCGAUGCCAACAUCUGGCAAACAAUGCGGGUGUUUGAGACCAUUCGUAAACAAGUAGAGGAAGACAUCGACAAGUGCAAACAGUGCACAUGUGUCAGUAAUGAGGUUGGAAAAGGAAAGACCGUCUGCAAGACAGUUUCUUGCUAGAAAACCAAACGUCUGACGAAUACAAACCGUCCUCGGAUAUCAUACGCACCUCAAUUAAUCGAAUAUAGCGAAUGCGUUUAGUUAGAGCAGAAUAAAGUUACCACCAUUUAUUGUUUUCACUUUUUUUAUUCAAGAUAUUGCAACUCUUGCUUUCUCUGUUAGUAGUUGUUAAAUUUUAUGCGUUGUUACAUUUUAAAGGUUUUUUUUGUUUUUCUCGCCUCUUUUAUUUUCAUUUUGCGCUGUUGCUCAUGUAACCAUAUCUUUUUACUGGCAUUCAUAAAAAUAUCAUAGCAUAUUUACAGAGGGAGUAGACUUGCAUUCCGCGUGUAGCUUGUGGAUCAAGGGAUUUUAUCUCUCUACGCUGGCAUUAAAGUUCAUUUGAAGCAUUUAAAA